GUGGUCUCUCCGCCCGCGGAGGCGCGCUCGCGGGUCCGCGCGGGCCCCUGGGUUCCUGUCAUCCUGUCCCACUUCCCGGGCUGCGGAGAGGACGCCGCCCCGAGAGCCCGGAGCAGGUCGCGAGAUGAGCAUGAGCUUGGGUGUCCUAGGAAUUGAGUUCUGUUCCAGCCUCCCCCAUCCUCCUGCACAUGCUGGUGAAGAGGUGCCCUGUUGAAACAGAAUAUGUGGGAUGUUUCAGGACACGGUGGUCUUUGCGGAUGUGGCUGUGUGCUUCACUCGGGAAGAGUGGGCUUUGCUGGAUGGUGCUCAGAGGAAGCUCUACAGAGAAGUGAUGCUAGAGACCUUCAGGAACCUGGCCUCAGUGGUUGUUACAGAUUGUUUCACUCAAGUUAAAACCCAAGCAUCAUGUCCUGGGCAGGAUAAUUUGGAGAAUGAAAUAUCCAGUGAAGAGAAAAUACUACAAUUCAUAAGGAGUGAUUCCUGGUCUGCUUUUAGAGAAAACUUCACAGUUUAUAACAUUGCAGAUGAGCACCAACCUCAAGAGAGGCAUCUGGGAAGUCAUUUUGUGGAGAGUUUCUGUGAAACUAAGGAAGGUAACCAAUGUGGAGACACCCUGAACCAGAUCACAGAUCUUCUUGUGGAUGAGACACAUAUCCCUGGAGUUAAACACUAUGAAUGUACUAAGUGUGGAAAAGUCUUCAAGGAUUGUUCUUUCCUUAUAAAUCAGCAGAGAUCUCCCACUGGACAUGAACCUCAUCCCUGUGAGGAAUGUGGACAACCAUGCAGGUUGGUUUCAUGCCUGAGUACUCAGGAGGAAACUGAUCUUGUGGAGAAACCCUAUAAAUCUCAGGAUACUGGGAGAGCAGCUAAGAAAUAUGUGAAGAGUCUCAGUAAUAAAAAUUCUAUUGAGUGUAAGAAAUGUGGAAAAGCUUUCACCUGCCACUCAUCCUUUCGGGGACAUGUGAGAGGUCCCUGUGGACAGAAAAUCCAUGUGUGCAAAGUAUGUGGAAAAACCUUUAUGUAUUACUUUUACCUUACAGGACAUGUGAGAACUCACACUGGAGAGAAAUCCUAUGAGUGUAAGGCAUGUGGGAAAGCUUUCAGUAGUCUUAAAUACUUUAGAAGACAUGUGAGAACACACAGUGGAGUGAAACCCUAUGUAUGUAAGGAGUGUGGGAAAGUCUACAGGUAUCUCACAAAUCUGCAAGAACAUGCAAGAACACACAGUGGGGAGAGACCCUAUGUAUGUCAGCACUGUGGGAAAACCUUUAGUCGUCACUCCUCCCUUCGAGGGCAUGUAAGAACACACAGUGGAGUGAAACCCUAUGAAUGUCAGCAAUGUGGUAAAGCUUUCAGGUUUCCUGCAAACCUGCAAGUACAUGUGAGGACACACACUGGGGAGAGACCCUGUGAAUGUCAGCACUGUGGGAAAGCAUUUAGGUAUGCUGCAUCCCUGCGAGUACAUGUGAGGACACACACGGGGGAGAGACCCUAUGAAUGUCAGCAGUGUGGCAAAGCCUUCACUAGUCACUCUUACCUUCAAAAGCAUGUCAGAACACACACUGGGGAGAAGUCCUAUGAAUGUAAAGAGUGUGGGAAAGCUUUUAGGCAGCUUCAGCAUUUUCAAGGUCACAUGAGAAUACACAGUGGAGCGAAACCCUAUGAAUGUAAAGAAUGUGGGAAAUCCUACAGUUUUCUCUCAUCCCUUCGAAUACAUGUGAGAAUGCACAGUGGGGAGAGACCCUUUGAGUGUCAGCAGUGUGGGAAAGCCUUCAGUCGUCUCUGCUCCCUUCAAGGACACAUGAGAUCACACACUGGGGUGAAACCCUAUGAAUGUAAGGAGUGUGGGAAAACCUUCAGGUAUCCUGACAACCUGCGGGUACACGUGAGGACACAUACUGGGGAGAAACCUGAUGAAUGUCAGCAAUGUGGGAAAGCCUUCAGGUAUCCCACAUCUCUGCGAAAACAUGUGAGAACGCACAGUGAAAAAAAUACCUGAAUGUCAGCAAUAUGGGAAGGUUUUCACGUAUCUUGAGUAUCUGCAGGCACAUGUGAAGACAUAUAGUGAACAGAAACUCUGAAUACAAGAACCAUGGGAUGCCUUCAUUCUUCCUUUAAAAUUUAUGGUGUGAGCAAACACACUGGAGAUAAAACUGUAUGGAUGGAAAGAAUAAGGAAAAAUCUUCAGAUAUAGCACUUCACUUAUUUUGUACAUGAAAAUUCAGAGCAGGAAUGAAAUCUUUUAAUUAUUGUAAAUAUGAUACUGACUUUGUAAAUAGCUCACCCUUAACAGUGAUUUCCAGUAUAUUAAUUUCUGGUUCAUGUUGCUGAUAUGAAAACUUGAGACAAGAAAUAUUUCUCUUUGUCCCUAAAAUACUACACAUAUUUUAUUACCUUGGACUUUUUUUUUUUUCAUAAUUUAGUGAUUUUUUCAGUCAAAUUUACAGUUAGGAAAACAGGCUCAGAAAGCCAAAGUAAUUUGCUGAAUAUCAUCAACAGUUAAGAGUUGCUGGGACCCCCCCUUUUUUUUUUUUUUAAAUAGCAAAACUUUACCUGGCCAGUGUUGCUCAGUGGUUGAGCAUCGACCUAUGAACCAAGAGGUCAUGGUUCAAUUCUGUUCAUGGCACAUGCCCAGGUUUCAGGCUCAUUCCCCAGUCUGGGGCAUGAAGAAGGCAACAAUCAGUGAUUCUCUCUCACCAUUGAUGUUUCUCUCUCUCUCUCCCUUUCCCUUCUCUGGAAUCAAUAAAAACAUAUUUUAAAAAAUUAAAAUAAAAUGGCAAAAUUUUGUUUAUAUUUCUAAA